AGGAGUGUUGCGCAGUCAGUCAAGCAGAGUCCACUGGCGAAAGUAGUGGGGCUGCCCAGGAGAAAGAUGGCCGCUACCAGCGAGGAACCGAGUGUUAUGGAGCCUUCUCAGACUAAUUCCGGGCAAAGUCAGUCCGUUGAUCCACUAAAGAUGCUUUAUCCGAUGGUAAACGAAGAGGAAACACCGCUGCCACGUUCGUGGAGCCCCAAGGACAAGUACAAUUACAUCGGCCUCUCCCAAAACAAUCUUCGUGUUCACUACAAAGGUUAUGGAAAAACUCACAAGGAUGCCGCAAGUGUACGUACAACGCACUGCAUACCAGCAGCUUGUGGUCUCUAUUAUUUUGAGGUGAAGAUCGUUAGUAAAGGCAGAGAUGGUUACAUGGGAAUCGGCUUGUCUGCCCAUGGGGUGAACGUGAAUAGGUUGCCAGGUUGGGACAAGCACUCCUACGGGUAUCAUGGCGACGAUGGGCACAGUUUUUGUUCCUCUGGAACAGGACAACCGUAUGGGCCCACCUUCACCACAGGAGAUGUAAUCGGAUGUGGUGUAAAUCUUGUUGACAACACUGCCUUCUAUACGAAGAAUGGACACCAUCUUGGUAUCGCCUUCACUGAUCUUCCGCCAAACUUAUAUCCAACGGUGGGCCUUCAAACUCCAGGAGAGGUAGUCGAUGCAAACUUCGGACAAGAACCAUUUGUAUUUGACAUCGAUGACAUGCUUAACGAACUCCGUGUCAAAACAAGAUUGCAAAUUAUAAACUAUCCCACACCAGAUCACGGACAGGGCCAAUGGCAAGCAGUCCUCCACAAAAUGGUGUCAACAUAUUUGGUCCAUCAUGGUUACUGUGCCACUGCCGAAGCCUUUGCCAAUAGUACUGGUCAGGGUUUCGAAGAAGAUCUUAAUUCCAUUAAAAAUAGACAAAAAAUUCUGAAGCUGGUAUUAGCGGGCAGAAUGGGAGAAGCAAUAGAAUUAACCAGUCGGCUGUAUCCGGGUCUCCUCGAACGGGAUCCGAAUCUUCUUUUCGCCCUCAAAUGUCGGCAGUUCGUUGAAAUGGUGAACGGCAGUGACUCGGAAAUCACACAGAAUUCCAAUAUCAAUCAAACUAGUGUUAUACAGUCUACGAAGGCUUACACAAAACCCUCAACAAAUGGCAAUGUUGAGGAGAUGAAUAUGAACAAUGCCAUGAACGGUUCGACCGAACAACAGCUUGUUAAUGGACAAAUUGAAAACGAUGUAGAUAUGGAAGAGAAUGUUAUAAACGGCAUGAAAAGUAAUACCGAAAACGGCUAUCAAAAUGGUGAUUUGAAUACCAACGGGUACAAGUGUCAGAACGGGGAAGACGUCGAUAUGGAGACCAAUAGUGUUAAUCAAAUUCAGCAACAACAGAACGGUAAUUGCAAUAUGGAAAAUACAUCGAAUAAGAAUAACAAGAAACAGCUUUGUGGCGGGGAUAAACAGGCAAUCGAAAAGAUGUUAGAAUUCGGAAGGCAGUUAUAUUCCCAAUCGAUACAUUUGCGACAACAGCACGGAAAAAACGAAAGCAAUAAAAAGAUGCUUCAAGAUGCGUUCAGUCUUCUAGCCUAUGCAAAUCCAUGGAACUCGCCGGUUGGUUGGCAACUCGAUCCCCAACAGAGGGAAACCGUCUGUGCGAGACUCAAUUCUGCCAUACUUGAAUCGAGUAACUUGCCACGACGGCCACCGUUGGAAGUGGCCGCGUCUCACGCGAGAGAAUUGGUACGGCUAAUGUCACACGCUGGUCUGGGGGCAUGCGGCUUCGCGGUCGUAGACAAUAUCAUUCAAUAUUGACGGUGCCUACCCCUGCUGCCACGUCUGCUUCUUCUGCCGGCUCGAGUUUGGAGGUUUUAAAAUACAACAACGUCUCAUUGAAUCACUCUUUAACACCCAUACAGGAAUCGUUUUGUUUUCUCAUGCGUUAAGAAAGACGAAAUUAUAUAUAUUUUCUCUUGUUUUUCUCACUUGAUUUCAUAAAUGGUGCUGUAAUUAGAGAUUAAGAUAAUACAGGAUAUGGAGACGGAACGUGGAGCAGAUAAUAUUUUUGCAGCAACAACUUCGCGACAUCGCGUGCCUCUUCAGCUAGAGUCCGGCAGUUGGCUCUCUGGCUCGAUCUCACACAGCUACACCUGACACACAAUCGUCUAACAUAAUAUACACGCUCGAGACCCACCAAAAGUAAACAAUGUUACAUGGCAACGUGGAUGAGAACGAAGAUGAUUGCUAAAUGAUCGUUAUUCGAAGAACGAUGAACAUUGAUUGAAGUUUUCCAGAGUCCAAACAAGAAAACUGCUUUAACGAAAUGAACUGCUUUAACGAAAAAGAAGAAGAAAAAGGAGAAGAAGAAGGGAAACGAUCUUAACGACCACGAACGGACGUGUAGAGAGGAAAUAGUUAGAAUUAACAGUCAAACUUAAGGCAAACGAAGUUCCGAGGACGUAGAUGGCGCUGGUGAUGUAAGAAACAUGAGGGAACAUAAAUACGAUAUUGAGGCUGGAAAUGAGUUCGUUUUCGCUAUAAUAAAGUGAUUUUGGACAUGGAAGAGAUUGAUGAUCGAAGACGGUGAACAAGCUUGAGGCGGAGGAUGACGUGUAAACACCUGCCAAGACGACCCUUUUCUCGUUUCCUCUUUCUAGCCCUGUAACUUACCAUCAUCUUGAGAUUGUUCCCUCGUUCCCAUAACAGAUCGAGUCGUUUUCCGCAAUGGGACGUACUUUCGUAUUUUCGUGUAAUUUAUCAUCAACAGACGAUGAAUAACUCUCUUCAGGUGGGUUUCUAACAUCAUUCAUCCGCCCUUCCUUUCAAUUAAUAUUUUCCUCUAAGUUUCUUGUUUAACCUCACAUUCGUUGCUCCUAUUUUACGUGAUAAAAUUUCAAUUCAUAUUUCACGAAAUUCGCAGCUCAUUCUCUGCUGUUUCGAUCUCGUCAAUUAUAGAUGUUUGGCUAAAAGUAGCGACUGAAAUUUUUGUUCCAUUCAAUGUUCAGAAUUAUUGUAGCACUUUUAAACGAAUUUUAUUUUGUUCAAUUUUUUAGUGCACUGCCUCCUUGUACAUUCUGUUAACUUUUUUUACGUUUGCUUCUUUUUGCGAUUAAAAUCUCUGACACAUGAUUCGUCGCAUGAUAGCUGACAACCAGUCAGCAUCGCCCUUUUAUUGAGAAAUUGAACGAGAAAAGAUAUCUCGUCGAUACAACUACGAUUAAUUAAUCCCUCGUCGAUUAUUUUGAUAGCCUUUCUAAUCGUAUGGUCAACGAGUCGAUUUUUGUAUCAAUUGUUAGCUCUUAGUGAAACAAAAAAGAAGGAAAACAUAAAACUCAAAAGGAUAAUAUAUAAAUAAAUAGGAAUAUUCUCCUCUUAUAAUUAUCGUAAAUUAAGGUUAGAAAUAACGCGAGAAUCGCGUUCUCUGUUCGACGAUCGUUCUAUUUCCACCUGAUUUUCACAGCAAACGACGGAAUUAAAGGAAGGAUAAAGCAAUAAUCCUUGACUUUUAACUAUUUUCUUUCCUCUAUUUUUUGGUAUUAGUUUCUCCCUUUUUUUUCUUUUUGUAGGUCGUCUUGUAAAUUUUUAUUAUUGUCUAAUGUUAGAAAAUCGAUUUAAUGACCGUUAAGUAUCUUCGUUUCAAUUUUAUUCGCCCUACGUUGUAAUUAAGGAAUACAUUGUGCGAUUACGAGAGAAAAUUUGUAAAAAAGGAAACCAAAGAAAAAAUAGACAAAAAAAAUGACAAAGAGUGUGUCGAACUUGAGCGACGAAAUUAACUAAAAAAACAAAUGGGAAAUUAUACGAACCUGAAUGAUUGUAAGUGGUCGAAGAUUAUUGGAGUUAUAUAGUGAAAAUUAAUAAAAGUUAUAUAAUUAAACAGAACGUUGUAAAAUAUGCGGUGUUUUAUAUUUCUAUCUUUUUCUCUCUAAUGAUUCAUUUGUUUAAAAUUUUUCUUUCUGUAAAUUUUAAUUAACUACUUAUAAAUGUUUGUAAAAAAAUUCGAAUGUUUCGAUUAGACACAACCUGUGGUUUUAAAUUAAGCGGGUGGAAAAUUGAAAAUUUUUAUACUCGGCAUUAACGUUGAAGUUUAGUAAAUUAAAAUAGCGAUCCUCUCGAUUGUAUAAGUUUCAUUAAAUCAAUUAGUAAAUUGAUUAGUAUAAUUAUAGAAAUGAGAUUUUAUAUUAAAAAUUGUAUAGAAUUUGUUAGUUCGAAUUUUUCUAACCAAAACUAAUCGCCUCAUCGAAAUCAGAAUUUCUUUAUAGUUGCGGAAGAAGGUAAAGAAAUAAUUAAAAAGAUAACUAUUAUGCGAAUGUAAAGAAGAUUUUCGGCCAUGGAACGAGGGAACGAUUGUAACAGUUUAUAACAAAAGAGUAAUAGGAGGCGAAGUAAGAAGGUUGCGACGAAAACUGAAUACACAACUGUAUAAGUAACAACAAUAAUAAUGACGAUGACGAAGUUGCAAAAGAAUUACUCAAUUAAUUAAAAAAACAAAAAGAAGGAGCAUACAUACAUAUAUAUAUAUAUAUAUAUAUAUAUAUAUAUACACAUACACACACAAACACACGUAUGUAUUUAUAUGUAUGUAUGAAACAAUCUUGUAUUCUACGAUAAGUAAUUGUUUUUUAUAUGCGACAUAGUAUAUUAUAUUAUAUAAUACGCGAUACGUAUAUAUACAUGUGUAUGUAUUCGUACAUGCAAAAGGUAUAUAAACAUGUAUAUGUGUGUAAAUGAAACAAAAAGAAGAAAAAAAAAAACGAAAGAAUUAAUAUCGUAUGAACUAAUAGUGUACGUGUGAGAUUUCAAGGAAAAAAUGUUUAUUAAUUCAUUUUGUAUGUGUGUGUAUAUGUAUAGGGCACACAUACAUAUCUCUGUAUGUAUCUCUGUAUUCGUGUCGUUCUAGAUACAUAUACGCAAGCAUAGCAACUGUUUGAAAUUUGAAUUCAUAAGGACGAGUGGAUUCGAGUGCGUGCGAAAGAGAGGCUGAGAUUAGUUAAAACAAAUAAGAGAGAAAGAGCGAAUGCUUUGAGCGAAUUCGUCGAUUCCGUAUGACCGAUGGAAGAGGAAAAAAAUACAAUUUGACGACUUUUAGUGUUAAACGUUUUCUGUACUAUAGGUAGAGAGCCAUAAGUAUCUUGCGAAUAAUACAGUAUGAUUUGGA